AUGACGAUGGGACCACGUUUAUGUCCCAGCGGGUCAGGUCAGGUCGGGUCGGGUCUCCAACCCGCCCUCUCCUCUCCGUGCGAUGACAGACGCUUUGUAUGGAGCUUCAACGCCAACGGGUCCAGUGCGGUCAAAACCCAGAAGAACGCUCUCGAGCGCUGCGAUUGGUCGAAAGCUUCAAGCACGAGGUCGAAGCAAGCAAGCAAGCAAGUGAGCGAGCGCGAGGUAGCCAAGUUGCCAUGA